CCACUGCCGCUAGCGCUCCUCCCGCUCCCUGGCCCUGCUUCACUCCCGUCUCCGGCUGCUCAGUUCGAGCGGUCGGCACUGGAUCCACGGCGUCCAUCUCUCGCCCGCCCGCUGAUAUCGAUGUGCCCCUGGGGGAGGGCGCCUGGCGAACGAGGCCGGCGGGCUGGCGCGGUGCCGGUGCCGCGCGGACGGCAACCUGAAGCGCGCGGAGCCGCAGCCUUGGGCGAUCCGUCGCCCGAGAGCCUCUGGAGUCGGAGGCGGCGGCGGAGAGCACGCCAAGCCCCUUCGCCGCGACGCCAGCGGCCUCCAUGGCCGCGCCCGGGUGCGUCCUGCCCCGGUGCAUCUCGGCCGUUGAAGGGUAACGGCAGGUAGCGCCCCUCGUCCGUCCGAUCACAGCUUGCGUAGUCGUCCACCGUUCUAUAUAAGCCGCCGACUUCAAACGGCAGUUACCUGAAUUUUCAUUCCAGCAAUACGAACAGAAAGACAGAACAAUGGAGCGCCCUUCCUCCUCCUUCUCCUCUUCGUCGUCGUCGUCCUCCUCCGCCUCUGUGUGCUUCGCCGGAUGGUUCCCGACCAGCAUGGAGGAUAAGGUCAUGAACGUCUUCGUCCGCGGGAAAUCUUAUCAAGGGAGAGUCGAGCUCGUGGAGCAGGCAGAGCCGUUUUGGAGCACGGUCCAGUUCAAGACAGCGAGGCCAUUCUCAACUCGCGCCUUCCGCAUCGGCGACCAGGCCAAGCUGGAGAGCAAGAACUGCGGUUCCUGGUCAGGCGACGUCGUCGCCAUUGAGGAUGAUGGCAAAGCUCACCUUUGGAUAUAUCUACUGAUUCGUGUACCAUCUGCAAAAGAUGGCAAGAUUUCGUUGAAAUCAGUUAGCAAUGUUAUUGUUAAGGUUAAUCCUGUGGGUAGUCUGCCGCCAGUUUCUAUCCAAACAGAGAUGGGGGAUUCUGGUCAAAAUAUGGACGAUUAUACAAGGAUCAGAAUUGGAGUAAAUGGAUUUUCCAAAGUUGGUAGGAUUCUUGUCGCAAUGGGACUGCAGAGCAUUGAUGUACAAGUUGUUGCUAUCAAUGAUCCUACAAUGACUCUUGAUGAUAUGGUCAAUGGGUGGAAAAGCUCAAACAUAAGCAUUGCAAAGAAGAAUCAUCAGACAUUGAUCUUUGAGAAAAUGUAUUAUGUCGAAGACACUAGUUGGAAUCUGAGUAACAAAAUUCAGGUUAAUGUUCUGUUAGAACAGAUGGAAGUCACUGUUUUCAGGGAACAAAUCAAGUUCCUUGGGAACAAGUAAAUGUUGAAUUCGUGGUGGAGUGCAAUGCUUUGUUCAAUAAUGAUAAGGUUCAAAUCUCUGACAAGAAUGAAAGCUUGACUAAUUGUCUAAGAAAGCUUCCCACGGAGUUGGGUUGUUUCGGAUUAAAUGUGGAUGAAAAAAUCUUAAGCCCUCAUGUCUACGCAGGGGAGAAUUCAAGAAGAGCUUCUAGCUUUUCUAUUAUUACCAAAAGCACAGCUGCAGCCCAGGCUGUCUGCAAGGUUUUCACGGAAUGGGAUGAACAACCCACGAGCUUGCUUUUUCAUGCAAAUGCUGUUGUCGAUAGAUCUAUUGAUCUUGACAGUUCAAGUGUUGAUCUCAACGUCAUGCUAGAGGCUGGAUGCUGUAGCAGCACAAACAGUAUUGCUGGAAGGUUCUGUGCUGAUGAUGAGGAGGUUAAGGACCGGGUGAUUCAAAUCCUUAGCUGGUGUGUGGAUAUUGUCCGCUGCGUGCCGGUAGGAGGCUGUCAGUUGGAGUUAAUCUGAGAACUUUGCAACCUAAAGCUGUGUCUGCGCCUUGGGCGUGUCUGUGACACUGGCAGGAAGUCUGUCCUGAAACAGCUGUUGAUGCAGUGUAGAGAGUUAGUGGAUUGGGAAUAUUUGUAGUUCUGUCCCGGGCAUCCCUUUUGGUGUUUCUGAUACUAUAUUGGUGUAGAAUCUGUAGAGGGAUUAACACUGUUCUGUCCCUGCUGGGGAUCCCAUCUGUUGUUUCUGAUAGUAACCAUUCAAGCAGUGUCAAGUGCUUGGUGGCCAUUUUUUGGCAUGUGACUGUAAAUGUCCAAUCUGUUUUCUUGUCCUGCAUGCCAGGAGCUAUGUCACAUUCAUGCAGAAUAGUUCGAAUGAUAAAGCAAAGAUCAGUGCCUUACAUC